AUGCCCGUAUCGUCCCACACCUCUGGCUCCUCGAGGGGUUCCGACCAGCCGCCCCGGCCCCCCCGCCCUGGAAGCAUUCCUAGCCACGAUACGACUCUGCGCCCCCUCUCCCGCACCUCGCCGCGCGCCCUCCACAACAUACGGCCCCCCAGCGCACUUCACUCAACCUUUGGCAACGGGCCCACCCCCGCAGAACCCUCCCACCUGGCAGUCACCCCCGCCAUCACAACACCCAACCCAGUCGUUCCCCACCCAGCACCAAUAUGGUGGACCUCCCACGGGGUGCAUACUCAACAGCCACCACCCCCUCAUCAAAUGUACGGGGCCCCGCCGCAGCUACCGCCGCAAAAGAAACAGCCCCCGCCCGACCUCCUCGAUGAGCCUCUCGAGAUGAAGAUCCAAGAGCAAGGCAAUGCUCCCCACCGCCGAUUCCUCCCAACCCUGAAAGGGACGCUUUACUGCGGCAACUUGCAUGCCGCCAUGGUUAACGCCUACAACGCACUGAGCUCGGAGCGAUUAGCGCUCGGCCAGCUAUCGGCCCUGCUAAACUCUAACGCGGGGAUUCUCCGGGAAGCUCUCCGCAAGGCCGACGCAGUCAUCGAGGAUUCCCGGCAGCAUCCGGAGCCGGAUAUUGAUGAAUUACUGGUUGCCCCAACUGUGGUGGCUAACCAGUUGUAUACUCUUGUUGCGGAGGAGCGCGCCAUGGGCGAUGCAAUCUUCAUGCUUGGUCGGGCGGUUGAGCGCGGGCGGAUCUCACCUGCCGUAUUCGCAAAAACGACGAGGAGUCUGGCACGCGAAUGGUACCUCAAAAAGGCCCUGAUUCGCAAGGUGGCCACGGGUAUGGGCUUGUCGGUAUGA